AUGAUGCAGUUGUCCAAACUUUACAACCAUAUCAUAGGGCAAAUAAAUCGUGGUAGUGAUGGCUCAUCAGGUUCUUUGGGAAAUGGUGGCAAAAAGCCUAGGCCCCCAGAUCAACUUUUACAGGGUGUACCUGGGAAAAAAUGGAUUUUUCUGGGUAGAGUGAGUGAAAAUGCCACAACAAGGAUUGUUGAUGAUUAUAUAAAACAAAAAGCUAACAUCGUUGAAUUGAACACACUUUUAAUUCACAAACUUCCAUCCAAAGUGGAGUCAAAGUCAUUCAAGGCACUGCUUCUUCAGGAAUUCUACUUUACAGUACAGCACUGUGCGGGUAAAGACAAUGAAUUUGCUGACUUUCUAUCAAGAACAGAAGAUGACGACCAUACGGCUAGACAGGAGUAUGAUGAACUGCUGUUACCUCCAACGGUGAACUUAAUCACUUUGGGAAAAGGAAUUUACGAGGUUAUUGUUCAAGAACAAAAGGAGGAUCCUACAAUUGAACGUGACAUUCAGUUGAUGAAAAAUAUAGAAAGGAAAAGGAGCGAACAUUUAACAAAAAAAGAACGCAUAUUAAAAUCAUGA